AGCAAAGCGAGUGGCGCCACGAACAGCAAAGUGUCAUGGCGAUCCGGAAAACUCGUAAGCAGCAUACCCUCAGCUACCCGGUGGAUUUUCGACGUUAUUGACCGCCCUGCGAAGCUGCCGCUAUCAACACACCCAGUGAACCAGUCGAAGCACUUGUCAGUGUGCUUCUUAAAUUUAAAUUCGACAGGUUGCGUUGACCCGUCGAGCGGAUUUCGCCGACGAAGAUCGCAUGUCCAAGUCGCUGCUCCGACCGGGCUAGUUGUUGUAAAAACGCCGAGGCCACGUGGUGUUGGCGAUUUUCGGCCGACUAUAAUCCGCAUCAUCAUCCGCAUUUUGCGCUGUCAAGGCGAACGCAUUUGCGGCACUAACCAAAUUUCGCGGACACACCCAUUUGUCAACUGAGUAGCAAGAAUGGACAACAAGAAGAUAGUGGAUAUCCUUAGGGGGACCAUUGACAGCAAUUUCCGAAAAGAGGCUGAAGAGCAACUCAACCAGAUACAUAAAAUAAUAGGGUUUGCUCCGGCCCUGCUCCAGGCAAUCAUGGCUAACGAUGUGGACAUGGCCGUUCGUCAAGCAGGUGCUAUCUACUUCAAAAACAUGAUCUCCCAGUUUUGGGCAGACAAAGAGACUGAGCCAGGUGACGCACCAGCUUUCAACAUUCAUGAACAGGAUCGCGCCAUGAUUAGGGACCUUAUUGUAGAUGCUGUCGUGGUUGCACCAGAAAAAAUCCGCGUUCAACUGGCGGUGUGUGUAAACACCAUCAUCAGACACGAUUUUCCUGAGCGGUGGCCACAGGUUGUGGACAAAAUCAGUCUCUGCCUGCUAAACCCUGACCGCACUGGCUGGUUUGGCGCUCUCAUCUGCAUGUACCAACUGGUGAAAAACUUCGAGUACAGCAACAAGGACAAGAGAACACCUCUAUACGAGGCUAUGAAUUUGCUCUUCCCCCAGCUUUACCAGUUGGCCUGCAGCAUAUGGCACGAGGAAACCGUAGAAUCUGUCUUCAUCCAAAAACAAAUUCUCAAGAUAUUUUACUCUUUCACUCAGUACUCUCUGCCCCUGGAACUGAUUACCAAUCAGUUCUUCCAGCAGUGGAUGGACCUUGUUAGGAUUAUGAUUGAGAAAGAAGUCCCUGCGGCCGUCGAUAGUCUCUCAAAUGAAGACAAAGCCGCAUCAGUGUGGUGGAAAUCGAAAAAAUGGGCGCUCUAUAUUUUGCAGCGAAUAUUUGAGAGAUACGGAAGUCCAGGCUUUGUUAGCAAAGAGUACAAGGACUUUGCUGAGUGGUAUCUCAAAAAUUUCUCACUAGCGAUUUUGGAGACUUUGUUGAAGCUGUUGGACAAGCAGCGCAGAAAGAUGUUUGUGGCUCCAAAAGUGCUAUGCCAGUCGUUCAAAUACAUUGAGCAAGCCAUCAAACAUGCUUUUACGUGGAAGAUAUUAAAACAACAUAUGAUGAUUGUUGUGCGAGAGAUUAUUUUGCCUGUACUGUGCCACAGUCCAGAGGAUGAGGAACUGUGGCAGACAGACCCUAUUGAAUAUGUCCACACUAAGUAUGAUUCCAUCGAUGACUUCAUGGACCCAGUUACUGCAGCUCAAGGACUGCUUUUCACAAUGUGUAAAAAGAGGAAAGCAAUUCUGCCCAAAUGCAUGUCGUUUGUGGUAGAAAUUCUGAAUCCCCAAAACAAUGCCACCCCAAGUGUGAGAGAUGGAGCUUUGAAUAUGGUUGGAACUCUUGCUGAGCUGUUGAUCAAGAAGAAAGAAUACAGUGAUUCAAUUUGUGGCAUGCUCCGGCAGUACGUUUUUCCUGAACUGAAGGCACCAGAAGGCCAUCUUCGCGCCAGGGCAUGCAGUGUGCUCAAGUCUUUUACCGACAUUGACAUGCAGCAAGGUGACAUUCUGAAGGAGACCAUCUUCUACCUUAUCGAGUGCCUGGUCAAAGAAAAAGAUCUGCCUGUCAAGGUGCAGGCGGUGGUAGCAUUGGAGGCUGUCGCUUGCAGCCAAGAAGGUGUCACGCCCUUUAUUGAACCACAGAUCAGAAACAUAGUGCUAGAAAUGCUUAACAUAAUUCGAGAAACAGAAAGUGAUGAGGUUGCCACCUCCCUGCAAAAGUUAGUGUGUGCAUACACUGACCUGCUGGCGCCAAUCGCAGUUGACAUUACAAAACACGUGGCUGGUACACUGAUCCAGGUGCUGGACACUGAUGGUGGCUCUGAUGAAAAGGCCAUGAUAGCCAUGGGUCUCCUACACACGAUAGAAACAAUGCUGAAUGCGAUGGAAGAUGUGCCUGGACUCACAACACUUCUGGAACCAGUAGUUCUCCAAGUUGUUGCGUACAUUUUCGAAAAUUCAGUCAUGGAAUUUUAUGAAGAAACUUUGCUCCUAGUCUUUGAGCUAACAAAGAAGACCAUAUCCAAUGAGCUAUGGCAGGUGCUUGGACUGUUAUACACGGUGUUUGGUCGUGAUGGCUUUGACUACUUCACUGACAUGAUGCCGGCGCUGCACAACUACGUUACCGUAGACACGCCCACCUUCCUUGCUUCGCAGGACCGCAUCCUGGUCAUGUGCAACAUGGCGAGGGACAUUUUGAAUGGCGACCCUGGCGAGGACCCUGAGUGCCACGCCGCCAAGUUGCUUGAGGUGAUCAUACUGCAGUGCAAGGGCAACAUUGACCAGUACAUCCCGCCGAUUGUGGAGUUGGUGCUGAUGCGGCUGACGAAAGAGGUCAAGUCGUCGGAGUUGCGUGCCAUGUGCCUGCAGGUGGUCAUUGCCGCGCUUUACUACAACCCGGAAUUGCUGUUCCGCAUACUGAAUGAAGUGAAACUACCUCAGGCGCCCAAUGAUUCCGUGACAGCGCACUUCAUUAACCAGUGGCUAGCAGAUACUGACUGCUUCCUUGGGUUGCAUGAUAGGAAACUUUCAGUUUUGGGGCUGUGCAUGAUUAUGCAGAACCCAAGCAGGCCAUUCGAAGUAAGUCAGUGUGCACCAAAAAUUCUGCCCGCGCUGCUGGUACUCUUUGAUGGUCUGAAGAGAGCUUACUUAGCCAAGUCAAAUGAAUCGGACACAGAUUCAGAUUCUGACGAUGAAAGCAUCAAUGAGGAUGAACUAGAGAGUGAUGAGGACGACAUUGAUGAGGAUGGAGCUGUAUAUUUGGAAAGCUUGGAGGAAAAAAUAAAUAAGUCUGCUGGUGACAGUUCCUUUAACAUUCAAACAUCCAUCAUGAAUGAUGGGGAUGAUGGUGACGACGAUGAUGAUGAAGAUUGGAUGAAUGAGGAUCCAACUGCGCUAGAAGAUUUUUCAACCCCUCUAGAUGCUGAGGAUUGCAACAUUGAUGAAUUCAUAAUCUUCAAGGAAGUUAUGGCGGGUCUUCAAGAGAGAGACCCUGCAUGGUAUCACACUCUGACGGGCAGCCUCUCUAUCGAGCAGCAAAAGAAAGUCCAGGAUGUUUUUACUUUUGCUGACCAGCGGAAAGCUGCAGCCGAGAGCAAGAGAAUUGAAGAAAGUGGAGGAUAUAUUUUCAAUCAACAAACUGUACCAAGAAAAUUCAACUUCGGGGGCAACUCGUGAUGAUUUGCAAGGUCAGUUUCAGCAAAUUAUUUAGAAACCUUGCUAGAUGUGGAAUAAGCACAUCAUCAACCGACGCUUUGUCUAUUAUCUUUUAGCCUACAUAAAUUUGCGGUUACUUUCUUCUAAAUUUUUGUAUUUCAUAAUAAAACAAAGGAUAACUUAAGCUUCAAA